GGCAACAUUUCGGCAUCGUCGUCACAAUUGAACGCCCAUCAGGUCAGUAUUGUAUUGUCAACCCCAUGCCAGUGGCUUCGAGUGGUGGCUGUGGAGUCCUCGCGGAAUUAUUUCAAUUUCAUCUCAAAAUCCUCCAUAGCAAUCAGAGUCAUUACCUAUCAUAGGCCUUUCCCAUUAAGCUCUAUUUCCCUGCGCGAUCAAAGUUGAUUUCAGAUAUAGGUACUUCGAUACACGACGGAGCCCAAGAUCGGGCACCUUUCAGACAAGGUCACAAUAUCGAGAUCACUUCGUAUACGUUCGCCGCCUCGGAUUCUUUCCUGUCAUAUGCCAGCUUUCAAUGAUAGGAGGCACACUUGCAUCGUCAGCGAUGCUGUUCGCUUCCCCGAUGUGGGUCGGAUCGGGCACGAAGGCAGACCUUCCCUUGAGCGUAGUUCAAGGAUUCUGGAAGUAUUCUGUCAUGAUCGACUACACCAUGAACGAUGCGGCCCUUAUACAGGGCAGUUCGCUACGGGAGCUGCAACAAUGCAAGCUCCCGAAAUAUAUGACCCAUGCCAGAAAUGGUCGCCAGACAGGCGAGAUCCACAUCACCACGAGCACAGAGGGACAUCCUCUCCCGUGCUCUCGUCGACGAACCCGUAAUGCUCCAGCGUCUGCCACGGCAGGAGGGCGCUCUGACCCUUCUUAGCGCGUAUGCUGUCGAACUGAGCCGAUACCUCGCGUUGCCGCAGCCAGCUCUUGUGCGCCGUGACCCUGAGCUGCAUCGAGCUCGUAUCGCUGUGGAUUUGCACCGCGCUCGAACGCCCAUAACGCUGGCGUUCCAAACUCUGUCGGCG